AUGGCUGGUUACCAAGGGUUCGUCCAGCUUAGCGGGAACGGUCCGCAAGCGCCUGGGCAGGCACGCCCCCCAGGACCUCCAAUGAACCCUCCGCCGCCGCCGAGAGAUUUCCUACCAAUGGAGUUGCGAAAUAACCGUCCAUGGCAAGAGAUCUCGGAUGUUAGUCAACACUUCGUGUCAGACAACGACAUGCGCGAGGCUCUCACCGAGUACUAUACUAUCCGCUUCGACAAGAUACCCGGAAAGUAUAGUAUAGAUGGGCAGCUGGUGAAACCGAGCUGGGAAAAGGCACUGAAGACCGAAGUCCGUGGUCAAAGCAGCACAGAUACCGCCAGGCAGAUCCGUCAAUUAGACCAGACGACAGGAGACGUCAUGAAUAAAAAGGCCUCUCUCAGUCCCGUGCUUCAACAACACAUUGAUACCGCCUUGAACGACCUGUUGACCAGCGAUCAUGAUCCUGCCAACUUUCAAUGGAUUCUCGCCCAGAUAGACCACCAGCUCAAGCGCCUCGAUCGUGUCGCUAAGAAUAGGCACUGCAAUCCCUCGGCUAGGAGGUCGUCCCAUCACAAAAAAAGGCAAUGGGAAAGAGUGGCGAUUACCGCGUAUUUCAAACGCACUCCGCGACCAACUGUCAACAUACAAACGUUGUAUAAUGCAACACAGAGGAUGGCGAAAGUCAUACUUCAACCGAACAUGAUGCAGGGUCAUCCGCAAACGUUCCAGCAACGGGCUCAGCAGCACGGCCAACAGCACGGUGGUGCAGAGAAAGGCCCGCCGCCGCCACUGCCGUUCGGGGCACGUGGACAAGGAGGACCUCCAGGUGGCAAUUGGCCUUUACCCAAAGACGGUGGUCCAAAGAAAGGCCUACCCCCGCCGCCGCCACUUGGAGGACGUGGACAAGGAGGACCUCCAGGUGGCCAUAAGCCUUUACCCAGAGGCGCUGGUCCACAAGGAUAUGGUGGGCCUCUAGGAGGUGGUCGCCCCGCAGGAAUCGCUCUAGGCCCUGGGAAAAAGCCGGCCCCGAAAGUCAUCAGCGACGACGAAUCUAUUAGUGACGGCUCUGACCGCUCCUCCUCUACUGCAAGUUCAUACUCCUUGCCGGGGACAUACACAACCUCGCGGUCGUCAAACUCAUCAGGCUCCAAGCGAGGUCGCAAGAGGAACCAGAGCCGACACCGAAGCCGAAGCCGAAGCCACGUGAGAAAGGGUCGAACACGGGAGACUAGUCGGCACUUCGGGAUUGAUGGCCCCAGGCAGCACUCUAGAAAUGAGGGCAACUUCAUCGUCGACAGUGGCCGCAGAAGCCCUAUUAGCCUUCUUAGUCCUCGGCAAAUGUCUAGGGCACCUGGGUCUCCCAUACGCUUCGUUCACACAACGUCGGCGAGUGAUAUCGAGAGGAUCAGGGAGGCUGCCUUUUUAGCCGGGAGAGUCCACGAGAAAGCGAACCAAAUAGUAGAUGACGAACGCGAAAGACGCCAAAGGCCAACUCCAUCUCCUCCACCGCCUCGGAUUGUCCAGAUGCCGUCAGGGGUUCGCAGAGUCGCAAUUGAUACUAGCCACAUCCACCGUCCCAGGUACGGAGGGCUCUCAGACGAUGGACUUCACUUCGACGCUUUGUCUUUGGACGAGUCUGAAUACGAGCGAGAGCUUCGUCGUCAUGACAAGGCUCGUCGUCGUGAUUUCGAUAUUUCACCGAGGUAUUUUUGA